AUGGAUGCAUUUGAAGCCAGGUUGCAAUUCGUCCAAGUGAUCAAAAACCUGCAUAAAACACUUCACAAGAAGAGAGACACAUCGCCAAGCGGAGCAGCAUUAUCAUCUUCCGGCUCAUCUUCCGGCUCUGCAUUCACGGACCCAGUACAGUUCUAUUUGAAACAUUUCGAACACCACUAUGAGGACUUUCAACAGUGUUUCUUUGAAACUGCAUUGAACAUGGACUCUCUAGAUAGAUUGAACGUUCUAAUAUACUGGAGCAGAAUAAUAUCGUCGCUCUGGCCCAGAUGCUUGAAAAAUGUCGACGGACAGUGGAACAUCCAGGGGAAAGUAUUAUUCGAGUUUUUGCUCCUGGAUUUGAACAAAAUGGUUGACAUAGUGCUUCCGAAGGAAGACUGGAAAUCGUUAACGAAUCUAGACGUCUCGAUCGAAGUGCUGCAGUUUAUCAUCUCGCUUGUAAAGAGUGAUUCAAAUGCAUUGAAUUUCGAGCCCUACAAGGAGGACGGGCUCGAAAAGUACCAGAAGCUGCUCGAGUUAGAUAGAUCGCACAUCGUUGACCAAUUCUCGGAGUCUAUAUGGAAUAAGAUCAAUGAGAAGAGCUUUGAGUUCGAAUGGGUCGAACACACAAAACAACCAACGUGCGAACAAUCCAUAAUUCAGUGCCUCCAGAUUUUAGUAGACAGGAGAUCCAAGGCGUUCAUUCUCCAAGAAGCAUACAGAAAGCAUUUGGUGCUAAACUUGCCAAACACCUCUCAACUUCCGACUGUGCUUCACAGAAUGGAAAAUGACAGAGAACGACAUAAGAAGUCCAAGGAACACCGGUGGUUUAUCGAGCGCGACGAUAUGAUGGAUACCAUUGAGUUUGACACCAUAUGGAAUUCGUUCUCCCUAGGUAUGAACAGAAAUGACUACCAGAACAUAAAAACGAUCCAAGAGAUUGCCCAAGCAAGCUAUAAAUACUUAGAGAAUUGA